ACAUAUACAUCCCAACACUAGGAGGCUGGUGCUCAGAGGCACAGUUGGACUGUUGGAUAACUGGACUGCACCCCCCUGGAUGCUUUAUUGGACUAUCAGAGGUGAAGACUUCACAUAUCCCAAACCAGGACAAUUUCUCAACAUUAACAUAUUUCAAGAUUCUUUGAAGACCUAGUUGGACGUUAGUCUGUGACAGAGCCCUCAAAAUUACCAGUAUGGCAGAAUUGCUCAUGCAGAACAAGGACAAGAUUGAGAAGGCGGUGGAGAUCAUGGGACAGGCCUCUGCGAUCCUGGCAGCCACUGUGGGCCAGCUCCAUCCCAUCCUGGAGGCUGUAUUCUUAGUAUCCAAUGUGAUCUUCAGCAACCCAGAAGGAGAGGACGCCCGCUAUCUGACUAAACAGUUCAGCAUGGUCAACCAGAAACUGGAAGGCAUCCAGGCUGAGAACAACCAAAUCGCUGUGGAGCUAGAGAAUAUCACCAUGAAUAAGCAGAACUUUGACCGUGAGGCUAAAAUUCUCAGCCAGCAUGAGAAGUACCAGGACAUUGUCAACGCCAAACCAGAGUCAAAAGAGAAGAAGAUGGAGAAGUUCCUCAGCCAUUAUGAGAACACGGACGCAGACUUGAACCUGGACGCCCUCUACAAUGAUCUUACUGGGGACAAUAUCUCAGGUAAGCCCAUGCUGGUUUCCACAGAACAAUGGAGUAGAAAGGCAGUAGAAACGUUCUGUGCCAGGCUUAAGAAGCUCUUUGUGGCGGGCAUCAUUGCUGUCAUUGGUUACGCCAGCCUCAAGAAAGGGUUUAUGGUGGAUGAGAUAGUGAAGAAAUGGCUGGAGCGUUGGGAAGAUGUUGAGAACCGCGUGAAAGCAGUGUUGGAUGAUUACACUGUAAAUUUACACAAAAGAGCCAAAAAGGAUAUGGACGACCAGCUUAAGGAGAAACCUGGCAGUGUUGAACUUGACUUCACUAAAUCGAUAUUGAAAACCCUUAAAGAGAAAUAUUACUGGGUGAGCUGGUCUGUCAGGGUCUUCAAUGACAAGGAGCGCCUUUUCUGUUUCAACUGGCUAGUUGGAAAGAAGUACCAUGGCAGUGAGGGAGGAGCUAAUUACUUUGAAGUGAUGACCAAGAACAACAUCAAAGUGAUGAUCUCUUUUAGUGUUCAGCCUAAGCCUAUCAACGAGGUUCAGAUCCAGCAAGAGAUUGAGGGGCAGAAGCUGAAAAGGAACAUGAUGGAUGUGGCUCAGGUCCUCAGCAGAAGUCUCCCCAACUACCAGGUGCAUGCUGUCAGCUACUAUAAGGAAGUGGUGGAGUCCAACAACUUCCAAAAGGAUUGUUUCUACUAUGGAAAACACCAAAACGUGCACCUAUACAUUCAUGCUGUUUAGGCUUUUGUUUCACAGGGCAGUUAUAAUGAGAGUAGUUAUAAUGAUUAAAACUACAAAUAAAAUCAUUAAGUUUAGGUGUUUGUAUUGAUAUCUAAAACAUAGCUGAUGGUUUAGCUGGUGAUUGUGGGAAAUGUACUCUCUUGUUUAUUUGUUUUGUAGGUUUGUGUAGUUUGUGAUAGUUUAAACUAUCAGGAUUUGUAUCUGUAUAAGAAUGGAUAUGAGUCAUUUUAUGUCAGGCUGUGGGUAUCUACUGAACAGUGACAAAGUAUGAGAAUGUGAUACUUCCUUCUACCAAAGAGAAUAGUAAAAUACCUUAUUUUACCUGCAUUCCAGUAUUUCAUUAUGACCAUACUAUAAAUUAGCACACCAACCAGUGUAAUAAUGUGUACUGAGGACCUAAUCAAGCUUAUUUUGAAAUUGCAGUUUAUAGAUCCACCACACUGUGCAGAUCUAAAGCAAAGACUAUUAAAAGAGCCUUAAAACAUUA